GCUGCCCCCGCGCGCGCACGCGUGCCGGCCAGUCAGUCAGCCGGCCGGCCGCCAUCUUUGUUCCCCGCGGCCGCUGGUGUGCCGGAGCGCUUCUCUCGCGAGGAAGGGGCCGCCAUUAUCGGCUUUUAACAAGCAAGAAACGAGAAGUGAACGAUCACGUAGAACCUGGAUGACAUCUAGAUGAUGUCAGGACAAGAUUUGACAGACGUGGUUCAAAUUGUUGUUGAUGAUUUUACACCUGAUCAAGCAGAAGUUUUGGAGAACCAUCAGCCUGAGGAUGGAGCUGUACAACCGCCUCUUAAACGUCCACAUCUCGAAAUUUCAAAUGGACAGUCUGUCCCAGAUGGCACGAUAAAGUCUGUUCUCUUUGACAUUAAUCAGGCAAUUUGUUUGCGGCUUGAUAACAUUGAAGCCAAAAUUCAGGCUGUUGAAGCAACUUGUAAAGCUAUUGAAGAAAAGAUAGAUUUGGCUCUUAAUAAACAAAAUAGUCCUAUCCAGGUUCCAAUGGUGGCAGGAUCGCCACUGGGAGCUACACAGACAUGGAACAAAGUGCGCAGCACUGUUCCACAAACGACCGUAAUAUUAAAUAGUGAUUGUCAGAACCCACUCGUUUCCAAGGUUUCUGCUCAAGAAGAAAGUAUACUCAGAGGAACAGAUACCCUGGAUAAUAUUCUCAGCAAUUCUCUGCCAGGGAGGAGACAGAACACAAUAAUUGUGAAGAUUCCAGGCCUCGAAGAUAGCCAUACGGAAGAUGUAGAAAGUGGAUCUGAAACAAGUGAUACUGUCUCCAAUAGUGGUCAAUCAGGAGGUCAGAAUCUGGCACCAAAUGUCACACUUAUCACAUUGAACUCUGAAGAGGAUUUCCCAAAUGGAACAUGGUUAGGUGAUGAGAACAACCCCGAGAUGCGAGUCAGAUGUCCUAUCACUCCUGCUGAUAUGCAACAUGUUGCCACAAACUGCAGAACGGCCGAAAAAGUGGCAUUGACACUUUUGGAUUAUCUGUUCCAUCGUGAGAUACAGGCUGUGUCCAAUCUCUCAGGGCAAGGAAAACAUGGCAAAAAGCAGCUGGAUCCUUUAAUGAUUUACGGAAUUAGAUGUCAUCUUUUUCAUAAAUUUGGAAUCACUGAAUCGGAUUGGUACCGAAUAAAACAGAGCAUAGACUCUAAAUGUCGAACUGCAUGGCGCAGAAAACAGCGUGGACAAAGCUUGGCGGUGAAAGGUUUUGCCCGAAGGACGCCCUCAUCUUCGGUCAUGAGCGGAUCAGAAGGGGGAAUGCAAGGGUCAGUGCCAUCAUCAGGAGAUUCACAGCAAAACCAGGCCCAAACACUACACUAUGCAUUGGCAAAUGCUCAGCAAGUUCACAUCCAUCGCAUCGGAGAGGAUGGACAAGUUCAACAAGUAGCUGUACAGGGGCACCUGCAUAUCGCACAGGUACCACAGGGAGAACAAGUACAAAUCACUCAGGAUAGUGAGGGCAAUCUUCAAAUACAUCAGGUCCAUGUUAGUCAAGAUGGCCAGGUGUUGCAAGGUGCACAGUUAAUUGCAGUGGCUUCUGCUGACCAUCCAACCAGUGGAGUUGAUGGAUCGCCACUGCAGGGAAGUGACAUUCAGGUGCAAUAUGUACAGCUUGCUCCAGUAACAGACCACACCACACCAGCUCAAGAAACAGAAGCUCUUGCCGCCACAAUUCAGCCUGAAAUACAAAUUGAACAUGGAGCAAUGCAAAGUCAACAAGGAGAGAUUGGAGAAGCUGUUCAAAUCCAGAUGCCAGUUAACUCUGUCAGUAGUUAAAAAUAACCAAUCGGAACUCUAAAGGAGAGAACAAAGACAGUCUGCAUAAAAAACAAACAGCAGCCCUGAAUCAGCAGGUUUACACCACAAAGCAGCCAAGCCUGAAGCCCAUCACAUUACAAAAGAAUAAAGUAUUUUGUGCCCUGUUGAGAAGCAUAAACAGACUUCCAAUCAUUUGACGAAUUUGUUUUCUGUAUGAAAAUACAUCUAACUGUUUUGGAUAUUGGGAUCAGCUAUUAACCAUGUACAAAACAAGAACAUUUAUUGUAACUGGACAAUACCAUGUUAGCUUUUAAUACUCAUUGUAUUUUCAAGGGGUUGGUACAACUAUAGUUUUUGUCAUCACUGCUACGGAACUUUUCAGUCUGAAAUACUGAAUGACACUGAACUUUUGAAGAGAUAUUUAUGAAUUGUAUACAUUAUAUCCAGAAUUCAGGGAAUUGAUUUAGUUGGUAUCAUUUGCAGUUGCAGACACUUAAGGCAGAACCAAAUAGAUUUGUUUUUGUAACUUCUUUUGUUCAGACAAUAUGGCAGAUAAUUAAGGAAAUUAAUUUCAAUUAUUAUGAAAAAAUAGCCAAGUGUAAGCAGUCCUUUCUACCUUCAGUGAAAACAAUGUACUGCUUAUUUUGAGUGUCUCAGCUAGGUAUUACUUUCAGCCUAUUUUGUUAGGAAAAUGGCAAAUGCUGUUUUUACAAUAUUCUGCAAUCUGACUAAAUGACAGUUGUGCUAUAGAAACAUUUGUGUAAAAAUAUCAAUUAAAUUAAUCAAAACUCA